AUGUGGAUCAUUUCGUUUUGGAUGUUCCCUCUGAUAUCAGCAUGCAUGUGGGUUGCAAUGCUGAUUGCCAUGCUGGUUAGUUGGGUCUACGAUGGCAGACCACACUAUGGAGGCAUGGACCCCGUCCAGACUAUCGCGUAUAUUUCCAACGUCGGCGCCGAGCGUCUACAGCCGCUCUUCAUCGGUGGCAGCGUCGUGACAGUAGUAUUCCUAGACCUGGCCUUCCUCUCCGAGCGGUGGCUGCGACACUCGAAACAGCUCGCAUCCAACAAGGGCAAAUUCGACAAGGCAUGCGCCUGCCUCUCGAUCUUCUUCGCGAUCGCCGGUGCCGCAGGAUUGAUCCUGCUUUCGAUUUUCGAUACGAAACACCACCCCAAGCUGCACGAUGGUUUCCUGGCUCUUUUCCUUGCUGGAUACAUCGUUAGCGCAAUCCUGAUUUGCGCCGAGUACCUCCGAAUUGGAAUCUUCUACCGUCGCGAGCAUCGCGUCCUGCUUGCUAGCUUCUAUAUCAAGCUGGCUUUCAUUAUUAUCGAAAUUGGUCUGGCUAUUGGAUUCGGAGUCUGCAUGAAUGGCAGCGGCAGUCGCCAGAACACAGGUGCCAUUUUGGAGUGGACGAUCGCUUUCGUCUUCACGGGCUAUGUGCUUUCUUUCGUCGUCGAUCUCUUGCCUUCUGUUCGGACUCGUCACCAUGUGCCCCAGGGUGAGAAGUUCGCUAUGGGUCACACCAGCCCUGAGGAGGGUGUUUCCAUCGAGGAGCCUCUGACUCAUGACUCUGCUGGACCGAACACUGGCUUCUACCGUGGCCAGCGGGUAUAA